AUGGAAGAAGCAAAAAGCCCAAAUCGUGGUGGCAUCAACUCUCGAAGGACCACGAUUGCAGAAAUCCGUCACAGUUCUGAGCUCUUCAACCCUAUUCGGGACCUGCUCGCAGCCGCCAACAAGCCUCUGCUUUCCAAAUCCCAAGAUGUGUCCUUUGCAUCAAGAAUGACUGAUUGCCUUAACCAUUGAUCCUAUACAACUUUCAUGACGCUUUUAACGAUCUACGCGUUAUUUGGCGACGAUUUGCGUUUAGCAUUGACUUCUAAGCCAGCUGACGACGUCUUUUAUGGUUUUACAACCGCUUGCCUAUUUUUCUUCUCUGUCGAAAUAAUUCUUUCGUCAAUUUUUAAGGAAGGAUAUUGGCUAUAUUUUUUCUAAUUAAAUAUAAUUUUUUUUUAAAAAAAAAUAAAAAAAAUUAUUAAUUAAUUACCUUAAGUAUAAGCUUUUUCUUUUGGCUUGACGUGGUAUCAACUUUAUCACUAGUCACCGAUAUAGGCUGGAUUUGGAACAAAAUGGUAGGCACCAGCUCGAUUUCUAAAGGUGCAAAGGUCGCAAGAGCAGGAAGAGCUUCUAGAGCUGGGACACGAGCAGCAAGAAUUAUUAGGGUAAUUCGUGUUAUCCGGCUUAUAAGAGUUGCCAAGCUCUAUAAAGCUGCGAAAUCGAAUAUGAUAAAUAAGGAUAAAGAAGAUAAAGGAAAAUUAAAGCGAGCAAGAGUGAUAUUUAGAGGAAACCAAGUCGCUGAUAUAAAGCAGUUUGUAGUUUCUGCACAAGCGCCUGUAGAAAUCGACAGCAGUGACUCUAGCAAUAAUGCCUCAGCGUCUCAGUCUUUUAGCUCGAUGUCUCCUCAAGAUCUUAAUGGGACUCCUAGCAAUGGAGAAGAAAGCAGGGAAGAAAUUGUGUCAGAUCGAGAAGAAGCGGACAUUGCAGACUUAAAAAUUCCUGAAGAGUCAAAAAUAGGCAAAAAGCUGUCUGAAUUGACUACAAAGAGGAUCAUUAUAUUGGUCUUGAGCGUUAUGAUAAUGCUACCGUUUUUUUCCACGACCUUUUAUAAUGAGAGUAAUGCUUCUUAUGAGUAUGGACUUGAGGUUAUAAAUGACCUGAUAGGAACAUCAGGUUUUGACUUAGCUUUUGAAGACUACGUCUCUGAGCAUGAAGAUCUUUAUACACCUCUGAUAUUUUUAGAGGUGAAUAAUUUAAGAAACUGAAGCUCAAGCGUGAGUGUCGAUGAUUUAAGGUCAACUGAGCAGCUCACUGUGACUCUUUCAGGGGUUCCUUCUGACUAUAACUACUCAAGCUAUUCUGUGUUUGAUUUACGUAGCUCUAGCAAGCUAGAAGCUGAGCUAAAUAUUGUAAAAACUGUUUUUAUUUGCCUUAUUUUAAGUGUAUCUGCUAUUUUUCUAUCAAAAGAUGCUCAGGAUUUAGUACUUGAGCCUCUUGAAAAUAUGAUGCAGACGGUUAAAAAUAUAUCGAAAAAUCCUCUCAAAGCGGCACAAAUCGCUGAAAGUGAUGAAUUUUUGAUGGAAGAAAUGGCCCACGAUGACAUUGUGGGACAGAAGAGGAGGUUAGAUUAUUGUAAGUUUAAUGGGUCCGGGGUUUGUUCCAGACCAUAUUUGCCUUUGCCUUAAAGGAUUCAGGCUUCUAACCCUAGGCGCCGGUUUAUUCAGAAGUGUGGAGUUGUCGCCUUCUAUGAGUCUGGGUGAAAAAAAUCGUCAUGUAUCCGAUCAGAGAUAAAAAAAACACAGUUCUAAGCCCUAUCCCUCUUAAACCCAAAUAUCCCGAGGGUCUGUGGAUAUAAGACCAUUUUAUUUGUGUCUAGAACAGAAGAAGAAAAUCAAAAGUUCUAUGGAGGCUGAGUUUCUGAAAGAAACUAUAAAUAAAGUCACUAUGCUACUAGCCGGCUCUAUAUAAUUAACCUAAUUCUAUUUUUAAUUUUUUUUAUUUUUUAAUUAAAAAACCCUCAAUACUCUACUAGCAUUAGGCUUUGGAGAGGCUGGUUCUGAAAUUAUAGCAUCAAAUAUGCAGAAAGGUGGCGGAGAAGUAGACCCAAUGAUCGCAGGUAAAAAAACCUACUGCAUUUUUGGGUUUUGUGACAUAAGAAAUUUCACUGAUACAACCGAAGUAUUAGAAGAAAAUGUGAUGGCUUUUGUCAACGACAUUGCCCAUAUAGUUCAUGGCUAUGUCGACUAUUUUGCAGGCUGUGCUAAUAAAAAUAUAGGUGACGCAUUUUUAUUAGUAUGAAAAAUUAAUGAUGAAAAUAUGCUAAAAGAGGCCGAAAAAGACACCUUGGCAAGGAAAAACCCGUUUGUCAGAGAACUUGCGGAUAUGGCAGUUAUAAGUUUCUUAAAAAUUAUAGCUGAAAUACAUAGGAAUCCUAAGGUUUUGAAAUACAGAGAACAUCAGAUGCUAAAUGAGAGGCUUCCAGGGUAUUCGGUGAAAAUGGGGUUUGGGCUUCAUUUAGGAUGGGCAAUUGAGGGAGCUAUUGGAAGCGAGUUUAAAAUAGACGCGUCUUAUUUGUCACCUAAUGUGAAUUUAGCAUCAAGGUUAGAGGCUGCUACUAAACAGUUUGGUGUCCCUAUUUUUAUACUAUGUCGAAAUAAUAGUUUAUUGUUACUAUAUAUAAAUUUCUUAAUUUUUAUAAAAAAUAAUGCAAUCCUUGUAAAACCAAUAGAAAUAAAAAUGAGACAUUGACGGAAUUUUGGACUCCAAUGUGAGUUCCUAUGGAGCAGGUAGGAUCCAUCCUGAUAAGCUGAAAUUAGGGCUGUCCCUUUUGAAGUAGGCCUUCAGUUUUGUGAUGCCUUGCAGAAGAGGGAAGUUUUGUGAAGGUGCCCAUAUGGUCUUCGAUUUUCGGGACCAUCAGCGGACUCUGAAAUCGAUGGCUCUGCCUUAGGGAGCUAAUCUCUUGGGCAGGUGUAGGUCAGAAAAAUCCAAAAUUCAGCCUUCCAUUUUCCUCAUUUGAACUCUAGGUCUUUGGAGGCAGCUAUUUUUAGACCCUAGUCGAGGCAAAGGCUAUUUGCUUGCCCACUUAUAGCCAUUUUAAUUGUAAAACCAAUACAAAUUUAUUCAAAAUUCCCAUAAUUUCAGACGCUUUAUGGAGACUUUGUAGCCAAGUCACAAGAUCUAAGCUUCGAAAAAUCGACAGAGUCACUGUAAAAGGUAGCAAAGAGCCAAUCGAGCUUUACACUUGUGACAUUGACAUAAAUCACCUAAAGCCUCGCCCAGAAAAUGACACUGAAACUGCUGAAGGAAUGAAAAAGUCAAGAAUAAUGGCCAGACUAAGAAAGCAAGCCUUCAGGAAAAGGCUUAUAAACGAUGGAUACCAUGCGUAUCAGUUAUUUAAUGAUGACGAAGAUCUUUUGAUGAUGAGAUCUAGUGUCAGUCAUAAAUUUGCAAAAACCUUUGGAAAAGCGCUGAAAAAUUAUCUCGAUGGGGAUUGGGAUAAAGCUAUUGAAGGGUUUAAUAAAGCUCAAUUUAUCAAGAAAACUCCUGAUGGGCCAUGCAGAGCACUUUUGGAAUUUAUGGAGCAGGAAGGAGGGAGAGCGCCUGAUUUUUGGCCCGGGUACCGAGAGCUGCAUGAUAAAUAA